AUGCAUUCAUCCAGUGAGUUCGGCGGUUUCCAUCCCGCACUUUCAGUUUUCAUGGCAUCAGAUCCUGUCAAAAAAACAAAAUCGAAGACGAGCAUAGUGCAAAAAUUCGUGGACAAGUUCAAAAAGAAGAAGAGGGGCAAGAGUCCAUCGACGAGCACGGUCAGUCUGUGAGCAGGCACGGUCCGAGAAAAGAGAGCUCGAAGCAUUUCAGGCAUCUCGCGAGAAAAGCGCGGAACGGAGCAAGGGCAAACGCGUGUCCCGCUCCAAUUCGAAAAGCAAAUUAAGUGCUCAGUCGAGCAAGAACGAGUUGGCGGAAGUGACGGCGAAGGCGUACAAAAAGGAGACGAAAGAGAAGAAGCAGACGAAGAAGAAGGAGUCGGCCGAACGGAGUGCGUCCAAUGAGCAGUCGUCGAAAGUCGUGACACUCACGAAGAGCCCUUCGCUGAUCGGACUGCGAUCGGCGGAAAGUCAGAUGGAUGCGUUCAUUCAGAAAGAGAAGGUGGAGAGGGGAACAAAGUGCUGGAUGGAGCAGCUGGAGAAGAUCGAUCUGAAGAGCACUCUGGACAAGGAGUUCCAGCAGGUGGAGAGGAUGAAAGUGGAGGCGAACAAGUGCACGGCGUUCGAGAAGAACAGCGAUCUGUGCCAAUCGGACAACACCGAACUGCUCGAUGCGAACAGGGUAAAGAACGGAGACGCCGCCGAUUUCUUCUAUCAUGGAAGUAUAAUCACGAUUCCGAAUGUAACGAUGCCCCAUGAAAGCGGCCCCCAUUCCUUGCCUUCAGAUCCCCAUGAAAGUCAUCAUUGCCCAACUGCCGCUCCGCGAAAACCCGCAGUCGCUGGAAGCGUUCUGGCUGAUGGUAGCCGCCAACAAGAUCCAGAGAUUGUACGUAUUGUUCGGUGCGGACGAGAUGGACAAGAAGGAGCAAUCGGAAUACUUUCCCGAAGACUUUGUCGAGCACACAACUAUCCGAGUGAACAGUCGGAAAGUGUUACUUCGCAGUGACGAUCAGAUAAACGAUCAGUUGUUCUACGAAGUGGUUCCGAAAGAUUGUGCCGAGGCUCCGUUCGCGAUGAUCGAGAUUUGUGACUUUUGGCACGACGCGAAGAUUCCGACGCAAACUGCGCGAGCCGCCGCCACUGCUGCCAGUGUAUUCGAGUCUGAAAUUGUGAGCAAACAUCCUGGACACAUCUAUAUGGUUUGUUUCAGGACCCAGAUGCAACGAGCGGAGUGGUGAGCAAGUUCGGAGCAGGAAGAGCCGGCUCUUUCGUCGUCUCAGCGGCCGCUAUCGAAAAACUCCGUGCGGGGGAAGCACCGAACAUCAAGGACAUUAUGGUUGCGGUGAGAGGUCAGCGCCCGGGCGCCGUCGAGACGUUCCCGCAGUACAUAUUCGCCUACGUGAUUGCUCUGACGUACAGUCUGAAGCAUGUGACGAAUCCGCUGAAGGCUAAGAUUGAGAAAAUGAUCGGUGUGCUGGAGCAGUUCGCAUUCGAGAAACAGACGGAGGAAGACGAGGAGGACUCGGCCACCACCGCCGAGGAUUAG